UUUGUCAUUGCCUGAAAUUUGAAAACACAUAUGCGCGAUUUCCUUCAAAUUGGAUUUGAAUCGUUGAGAGGGAGAGGGAGAGAAACCCUAGAAAUUUGAAUUUGUGGACACAAUAUGAUACUGAGGACUCCACCACCAAAGAAGCAAAGAGCCGAACCCAUACAUCACGAUAGUCCGUCGCCUCUAGUCGCCUCCGAGGGACGUCUCGUCAUCUAUGAGGACAAUCCUCUGGCUGCGCCUCCGCCGGAGUCGCCUAACCAGCCCUCCGAUCACCUCCUCUGCACUUAUCAAUGCCGACAGAUGGUCAAAGCAGAUGUUCUAGAUGCCUUGAGCAAUGCGGAGAAGCAAAUUAGUGAUUACCAGUCCAAACUAGAGGCUUUAAGUGAAAGCCUCUCCAAAGCCGAAGCGGAAAGGAAAAAGUUCAGGGAUCAAUUCCUUUAUGCAGAACAAGAGCUAGCUGCUGCAAAAGGACGUGAACAGAUGCUGCAUGACCAGCUCUUGAAGGAAGUCGAUGAUUCACAGGAAAGAUUCAGAAAGCAGUUAGAAACAAACAAUGAGCUUAAGGGGAAGCUGCAAAAUGAGAUGAACCUUCGCAAAAAAGCUGAGUUCUCUUCAGUGUCUGCUGAAGAGAAAGCAGCUGAUUUGGAGGGUAAACUUAACCAAUUUUCUCAAAGCAUAGAAACGGAGAAAAAACGACUUCACAAUGAGCUUGCUCUGCUUAAAGGAGAAUCAAAGCUUUCUAUUUCCAGAAUAAGUGCUGAUCUUGAAAGAAUGGAAUUUAGAGCUAAUAAUGCUGAGAAGGAAUCAGAGCUUUUGAAAGAGCAGCUUGAGGAUCUUAAGAAACAUCUUAAUGAGUGCUUGAACCAAAAGAGUGAAGUAGAGAAGAAGUUCUCAAGUUUCACCUUUCAAGAAGUUUCUUCUUCUGAGAGCAAUAUUUUGAUAAAACAUUUGCAAGAGGAGCUUAGAAACUAUGAGUCUGAAGUACGAGAGGCAAGAAAGUUGAAAUCAUCUCACGAGGACAUUGAGUUAUUGAAGGCAAAAUUACUGGAAGAGAAGGGCCGCAGGGAGAGGGUGGAAUCAGAGCUAUCCAAGUUGCAAGAACAACAGAUAAGUUUGGUCAACUUGGAGAAUGAGUUGUUAUUGUGGAAACUGAUUACGAAGGACAUACCUGAUGUGUCAUGUCCUGAAGAUGUACCUGUCAAGUUUGCAACAUUACAAAAGGAAGUGAUUGACAGUACAAUUAAGAUAGGAGAGGCAAAUGCACGCUUGAAGCAAAUUGAGGUAAGACUGGAUGCCACAGAACUUGCUAAACAGAAUGCUGAAGCUGAUGCUGCGUUGGCCAAAGAGAAGGCAGAAGUCUUAAAAUCAGAGGUCAAGCGGACUGAACUCAUGCUUUCUAUGGUUAAUGAAGAGAGAGAUAAGUUGAGAAAUGUUAUUAAUGAUUCAAAGAGGCAUAAGAAUGAAGAAGCGGGUGAUGAAAUGACCAGUGGAACUGUUGUUCAGGAGCUUGAAUCAUCUCUAGUAAAGAAGGAAUCCUGUAUCAAAGAAUUAGAGAGGAAUUUACGUGAACAAAAAGAAAUUAAUGAUCGUCAACAGAAUGAGAUCAAAUUGCUCCAUGAUAGGCUAAAUAAUGAAGCAAGAAGAAUAAAAUCACUAGAAAGGGAGAGUGAUCGACUUCGUUCAGAGAUUUCACUGCUGGAAUCGAAGCUUGGUCAUGGGGAUUAUUCAUCUGCAAAUACAAAAGUUCUACGAAUGGUAAAUACUCUUGCUGUUGAUAAUGAGUCAAAACAAACUAUUGAGGCAUUACAAACUGAGUUACAAAAGACAAAGGAGAAGUUACAAGCUCUUGAGGAAUUGAAAAAUCAGUCAGGUGAUACUGGGAAGUUGGUUGACUCGUAUAUAUCUGAGAAGAUAAUGAAAUUGAAAGAACAAAUCGCGACACUUGAAAAACGUGAAGAGAGAUACAAGACUGUUUUUGCGGAUAGAAUUUCGGUUUUUAGAAGGGCAUGUUGUGAGCUCUUUGGUUACAAGAUUGUAAUGGAUGAGCACCAGCGUCCUAAUGGAAUCCCUGUGACCCGUUUUACCCUCCAAUCAAUUUAUGCACAAAAUGAUGACGAGAAGCUUGAAUUUGAGUAUGAAUCUGGAAAUACCAAUAUUUUGGAAAAUAAUUAUACCGUGCAGCGUGAAAUAUCUCAUCAGGUCGAUAUAUUUGUUCGGAAGUUGAACUCGAUUCCGGCUUUCACUGCUAAUCUUACGGUGGAAUCUUUUAACAGGAGAACUCUUUCGUAAGAUACAUCUAAAUCCAAAAAAGAUAGAAUAUGCCUUGGAUAGUAUGCAUCAUUGUCAACACUUGAUUACUUAUGUUGAUUGAGGAUUUAAAACUCUCAUGCUUGGAAUGAGU